CGUGGUACUUUCAGUCUCUUAACUCCGGCGACGCUGGAGGGAGCUCAAGCGGGAAAAGGAAAGAGCCCGGCCAGGUUGGCGAUGCGGGCUCGGGCGUCGCUUGCUGCCCUCGGAGCUCCUCUCCGCAGCGGCGGCUGCAGCAGCGCCACUCCGUCCGAGCCGAGGUGCGCAGCUCUACGACCUUCGCCCGGCUCGGGCUGUUGCUGAGACCGCGCGUUUUCCUCGCCCGGAACUCGCUUGCCCGCAGACGCCACCGCCACCUUCACCUCCGACGGCUCCAAGAGGAUGUGGCUCCUCGCCGUGACGACAACUUUCUGGGGAUUGUUGCUGGCGCCAGGAUUUGCUUUGCAAAUACAGUGUUAUCAGUGUGAGGAAUUUCAGCUAAAUAAUGACUGCUCAGCGCCAGAGUUCAUUGUGAAUUGUACUGUGAAUGUCCAAGACAUGUGUCAGAAGGAAGUGAUGGAAAAAAGUUCAGGGAUCCUGUAUCGCAAGUCCUGUGCCUCCUCUGCAGCUUGUCUCAUGACCUCUGCCGGAUACCAGACUUUCUGUACUCCAGGAAAGAUAAACUCUGUUUGUAUAAGCUGUUGCAACACUCCACUUUGUAAUGGGCCCAGGCCAAAGAAGCGAGGAAACACUGGGACCAUGCCUAGGGCUGGAGUAUUAACAACCAUGUUGCUGUCUAGUUUGCCAUUUCUAUCACAUUGCUAAACUCUAAGGGAAGAUUUCCUU